AUGAAGGUGGUUUCUCCACCUUUCGCCGCCAAUGCUGGUGACGCGGAAAAUCCCACUUUCGACUCCGAAAAUGCACUGAGAGCGGUAGCUUGUCGCUGCGCGAUGCCGCCUGUGCAUGCUUCAAGGACCCUAACCACCAUUGGGUGUGAAAGGCUACUGGAGCCUUCUAAACUGCCAGCGAACCACCAGAGGGCUCAGAUGGAAAGCACACGGUCAGUGGUAUCACUUACUCGUUGUUCUGCUGUCAUUUUGCGCUGUCUUGCUUGCUUUCUGGCCUCUGCGGUGGCCACUUCGCUUUCACAUGCAAUUGCCAGACAAUAG